UGGUACCCGUAAUCCUUGACCUCCAGGCCAAAACCCUUUCCCCUAGGUUCUCAGGCAAAAUCGAAGUGAAGAUCAGCAAAAAUGGGGAUCAGAUUCAUAUUGAUGGUGAACAAGCAAGGCCAGACCCGUCUCGCUCAGUACUACGAGUACCUCACCCUGGAAGAACGACGCGCUCUCGAAGGCGAGAUCGUUCGUAAGUGCCUUGCCCGUAAUGAGCAGCAGUGUUCAUUUGUUGAGCAUCGGACCUACAAAAUUGUGUACAGGCGCUACGCAUCACUCUUUUUCUUGGUUGGAGUUGACAAUGGUGAAAAUGAACUUGCGAUUCUGGAGUUCAUACAUCUGUUAGUCGAAACCAUGGACCGCCAUUUUGGCAAUGUGUGUGAACUAGACAUCAUGUUCCAUCUGGAAAAAGCGCAUUUCAUGCUGGAGGAAAUGGUCAUGAAUGGGUGUAUUGUUGAGACAAGCAAGGCUAACAUUCUGGCCCCAAUACAGCUGAUGGACAAAGCAUCAUAAAAUUUCCACUGCCAAGCCAGGAAUUUCCCUCUGAAUCAAGAGGCUUGGAUCUCAUUUGUGUUAUUACCUUCUUGUACAACAAGCAAAAGACAGAGCAUGAGUACAGUUUUCUAUAAAAACGUAAAGAUCAUUUGUUGAUUGAAUAGAUCAUGUAGUAAAAUAUGGGUACUCAGAUUGAUUUGGAAGUGCCUAAACUUAUUCUUUGGAAAUUGAUGGCAAGUUUCAUGGAA